CUCCCAUGAUUUUCCAAAAAAAAAUCACGCCGAAACGGGCGCAACCCAAACUCCCCGCCUUUGCGACCCGCCGCCCCCGAAACGACCGGCCCGCUCCUCCCUCCUCUCCGGCGCGUCCAACCUAGUGGUCCGGCUAGCUUUCCGGCGGCGGCGCGAUGGGUGAGCGGAAGGUGCUGAACAAGUACUACCCGCCGGACUUCGACCCGGCGAAGAUCCCGCGGCGGAAGCAGCCUAAGAACCAGCAGAUCAAGGUGCGCAUGAUGCUUCCCAUGAGCAUCCGGUGUGGCACCUGCGGCACCUACAUCUACAAGGGCACCAAAUUCAACUCGCGCAAGGAGGACUGCAUCGGCGAGACUUACUUGGGCAUACAAAUAUUUAGAUUUUACUUCAAGUGUACUAGGUGCUCAGCUGAGAUUACCUUCAAAACAGACCCUCAGAAUUCAGACUACACGGUAGAAUCUGGGGCUAGUCGUAAUUUUGAACCUUGGCGUGAAGAGGAUGAGGUUGUGGAUAAAGAGAAGAGGAAGCGAGAAGCGGAGGAGAUGGGUGAUGCAAUGAGAGCACUGGAGAACAGAGCAAUGGAUUCAAAGCAAGACAUGGACAUACUUGCUGCUUUAGAAGAGAUGCGGUCGAUGAAGUCUAGACAUGCUGGAGUCUCCGUUGACCAGAUGCUUGAAAUUUUGAAGCAUUCCGCUCAUCAAAAGGAGGGAAAAACAGUAGCAGAAUUAGAUGAAGAAGACGAAGAACUCAUCAAAUCAAUCACUUUCAGAAACUCGAAAGAUUAUGUUAAACGGAUCGAAGACGAUGAUGACGACGAUGAUGACAAUUUUGGUAUACCAGGACAGUCAAGUGUCACGUCAAAGAUUAAUGAAUCUUCUGAAUCAAUGACGAACCCAACAGAUGUCUUGACCAAAGCUAAUGGACCUGAGAGUGCCAACAAAGAAGGAAACAAGAGCUUGGCAUCUAAGAUGCCCAAAUUCAUAGUAAAACCAAAGCCCGCUGGUGCAAAUCCUCAGAAGAAACAGAAGACGGAAACUGAUGCCGUCCAAGAUAACGGCAAAGCACCGGCUGCUGAGAACAAAAAUGAAGCUUCAGUAGAGAAGACCAAUGUUCUUCAGUCCCUCUGCCAGUAUGAUGAUAGCGAUGAAAGUGAUGACUGAAGACAAGGCAAACCCCUGGAACACGGAUGUGUUAGUUUUUUUCGAGAAAACGCAAGAGAGCUUGGGUUUCAUUGCUUUGAAGGGGGUG